UAUUGAUUAGCAGUUUAUAAUAAUGCAUAUAACUAGUGAAUUUUUAUAUAAUGAUACCCAGGUCAUCAGUUUCCACCUUUUUCAACCAUGUAUCAUUAUGGCAUAUGUUAUUAAAUUCAUUAUACAACGAACUGUUGGUUACUUCACGGAGUACAGUUUAGAAAGUUCUGUUGAAUCCUUGCUAGUGAAAGUGAAGAAUCGCCUGUAUAUCUUUUAUUCAUCAAUAUAGUAUUCCGCUGAAAGAUCGGGCAUUGUGCGACUCCGUUUGAUUUUUCGGAAAGGAAAAUGGAAAAUCAUAGUUCGAAGGAUGUGGACAUCCUGAGAGAGUGGUUGUCCAAACAACCGCACCUGCCAAAGAAAAUUGAUGACAUCCUACUCAGAAGAUUCCUUAGCGCAGCCGAAAAUAGUAUCGAGAGAGCGAAAUACUUGAUCGACUUAUUUUUCACUAUUCGAUCGCAAAGCCCCGAGAUAUUUUCGGACAGAGACCCCAACCAAGCGGGGAUACGGGCGAUUUUCCAAAUUAUUGAUUACCUGAUGCUGCCCAAGCGAGUUCGAAACAAUAACGUGUUCCUCUAUCGCAUCACUUCGAGCAACGUGGACGACUACGAUUUCGCGAAUGCCGUCAAAGCGUUUUUCAUCGUCGCAGAUGCCAGGAUGAUCGAAGAGGAGAACAUUCCCGAUGGGGAAAUACCGAUGUUCGAUAUGAAGAAUUUCUCCGCCAGACAUUUGACCAGAAUCGUCUUUCCCAUUUUGAGGAAAUACAUGAUGUAUACACAGGAAGCACAUCCGGUGAGGUUGAAGGAAAUCCAUCUACUGAAUGUUCCCUCUUUCUUGGACCGCGUUAUGGCUCUCAUAAGACCUUUCCUGAAGGCGGAAGUUGCAAAAAUGCUCCACUUCCACCUGCCGAACUCCGCCACUCUGUUCGAGUUUAUACCGAAAGAAGUGCUCCCGGAAGAAUACGGAGGGACGGCGGGCAAUUGCAAAGACAUCAAGAAGCACUGGAUGGACGUGGUGACGAAGAGGAGGGAAUAUUUGCUCGACGAAUCAAGAUGGGCGGUGGACGAGAACAAACGACCCGAUAACAACAAGAGCAAGGAGCUGUUCAGCGUCCAAGGAUCGUUUAAGUCGUUGUGUAUUGAUUGAAAUUUGAUGUAUUUUUUAGUGUAAUAAACUGUUUCUUCUUU